AUGACGGGCGGAGCACUUGGCCGACCUUCUUUUGUCAAUUUCCGACUUUCGGUCUCGGCCUGGCUCUGUUUCUGGAUCCAGCUGCUGCUGUUCGCCAUCACCACGGCCGCCGAAUGGCUCCCCUCUGAGAACCCCCCUCGCGCCGUCUUUGUUGCAUUGGCACACGAACAGGACCUCGAGCCGGUCCUGUCCUCGAUUUACCAUCUCGAAGACACGUUCAACAACCGCUACCGCUAUGGCUGGGUCUUCUUCAGCACUACCCCAUUGAGCGACGAAUUCCGCAGACGGACGUCGAACGCCACCGCCGCCGUUUGCAUGUACGAGGUCGUCCAGGACGACGACCUAAAGGACCCGGGCCCUGUCAGCAACGGCGACGAUAAACGAGACGCGGCCCUCCCCGGCCGACUUCGCCACUGGAAGGCGGGCCGCUUUGCCAACGAGAAGCGCCUCAGGGACUACGACUGGUUCUGGAGAAUUGAGCCAGGCGUUCAGUUCGUGCACGACCUCCCGUUUGACAUUUUUCGCCUCAUGAGAGAUCAUGGAAUUGCUUACGGUUCCAGCAAGACUGGACCCGACGAUGGUCACGUCCAUGUCACCUCUCCACACGUACACGCGUUCAUUGAAGAUACAAUUAGCCGCUCCCAUCCCGAAGCCGGUAUGCCUUGGCUUUUGGACGCCAUGUGCCACCAAGAUGAUCUUGCCGAGGGUGGUGAGGCGGGGUGCGUCGAGCAGGUGAACGGACACCUGUGGGAGACUGUCGUGGAAGCCUUGCCUGACAGUGUCGAAGGCAUCACUAGCAUGCCUGUGUUGGGUGAUGAGCGCCUGGACGGCGCAGACAUGUCCGAGACGAGCUGUCCCUUUGAGGCGAUGACAUUGUGGCUGUCUGGUCUGUACAAGGGUAGACUCACGCCAGCUUUUGAAAUUGGAUCUCUGGCCUUUUUGCGUAGUCAAGGUCACCAGGCUCUUCUCGAGCAUCUGGAUAAGGCCGGCGGCCUUUACUCUGGAGGACCACACGAAGCGUCGACGCCGACCAUCAGCGCCAAGAUCUUUUUGCCCCAAAAGAGCGUGCUGCGCCUUCGCAAACGAGAGCGGCGAUGCCCGAGUCCGCCUGACGCGACGCCCGAGCCUGAUCUUGACCUCGACCUGUUUGCUCUAGGCGGCGGUUCUGGCACCGCUGCCAAACGCGUAGCUAGCCGGGCGCAGCAGCGCGGAGCCAAGGACCCGGGUGAGACCAUGGCUGGCUUGUUUGCUUUUUGGGAGCUUGUGGUGCAGGACUUUGGCAGGCAAGGCGGUAUGCCGGGCCUCCGAUCGGGAAACACGGUCAUUGACGAGCGCAACUUUGUUCUUGGGCAGUGGAAGUGA